UAGUAGCGGUUCCGAGUAGGGGCUGCGGCAAGUCAAUUUUACCGGCAGAUUUCAUCCAGUCCCCGACCCACCACACCCCACCCGCACCUACCUCCAAGCCAUUGCCUGCCCACCACGCUGAUCAGAACAAACGCAAACACUUCUACCGACCAAAAAAACCACUUUCAUUAACGCAGAUCUGUUUGGAAAAGGGGCUGAAUAUAUAUAUUUAUAUGCACAGGAUAUAUUUACAGAAUAAAUAUAUACAUAUAUAUUAUAUAUAUAUAUAUAUAUUUAUUCUGUAAAGACUGCUCUGGAAAAAAAGAAGACUCGCCCAGACAAGCGCCAUUUAAAUCCCUGUACAGCACUUAAGUAGAAGGGAACCUGACGAUUAGAAUCUACACUUAAGGGUGAACAAUGGAGGUAGAAGUGAGUGUGAACCUGAAGCGCAAAUUUGAAGAGGUGGACGGUUCGUCCUUGUGCUCUUCACCCAAGGAAUCGGAUGAUGAUGUUUCCAGCAGCGACAGUGCAGACAGCUGUGACAGCCUCAACUCUCCCAGCUCCAGGGAGUUGCGCCCAACCUCAAUCCUAAAGAAGCACAAGCGGCUGAGGGUCAAGAACGUUCGCUUUGAUCAGGUCACUGUCUACUACUUCACCCGCCGCCAGGGAUUCACCAGUGUGCCCAGCCAAGGUGGCAGCUCCCUCGGCAUGGCCAGGCGCCACAACUGCAUCCGCAGGUACACACUCUGCGAGUAUGCUCAGGAGCAGGAACACCUUCACCGGCAAAUGCUUCGUGAUCAUUUGAAGGAAGAGAAACUCAAUGUGCGCAAAAUGAAGUUGACCAAGAACGGUAUGGUUGAGUCGGAGGAGGCCAAUGUACUCACCAUUGAUGACGUUUCCGAUGAUGACAUUGAUGUGGACAGUAUUGAGGUAGAUGACUAUUUCUUUUUACAACCACUACCCACAAAAAGGCGAAGAGCUUUGUUACGUGCAUCGGGCGUCAACAGGAUUGAUACGGAGGAAAAGCACGAGCUACGGGCCAUUCGCUCAUCCAGAGAGGAAUGCGGGUGUGACUGUAGGUUUUACUGUGAUCCCGAGGUGUGCCCCUGUAGCAAAGCAGGAAUCAAGUGCCAGGUGGACAGGAUGUCCUUUCCAUGUGGCUGCUCUAAAGAUGGCUGCGCCAACGUGGCUGGCCGGAUUGAAUUUAACCCCAUCCGCGUCCGGACUCACUACCUGCACACCAUCAUGAAGCUAGAACUGGAGAACAAGCAGCAGGACCUGCAACAGCUGUCGCUGGCCGUCACCCACGCCUCCAGCGGCAGCCACACGGAAACGCAGGACUACCAGGAUUUUGCUGCGGAAAAUUACGACUUGGAGAACGAGACUGCAGUCAUGCACUUACAGUCUGCUGAGGAGAUGGACAGGAAAAAGGAGGAAGAGGCUGAUUUAACCAGUUCUAGUGUAACCAUGGAUACCAGUGUAGAAAGCCUAGAAGUUUGUAUAUUAGGAGAUACAGUAGCUAGCGCCAGUGAAGCGUGCCAAGCCCUAGCGACGCCAGUUGUGAUCGAAGGAGAAGUGACUCCUGUUUCUCCUGUGUUGUGUUUUGCUGACAGUGCUGUUCAGGAUAACCCGACGCCUGAGGAACAGACAUAUUUAAGAAAUUCCACGGUGUUGUAUUAUCAAAUAAACCCGAGCUGUGCUGUAGGUGUGAACUGCAGCGAUAGGGAGGGUGAUUAUGUGGAAGCGGCUUUAGAAUCCGAUUACCCAAAGAAAACCACUGUAGAAAAUUUGGUUGCUGCUACCAGUGGUUCAUUGGCAUCAUACGUGCCUGUCACUGAGCACUUUUCUCAAAACACAGGGACCUCUAAAUAUCAGAACAUCCAAUUUCCUUUGGUGGAUGACAGUUCUGCAUUAGUCAAUUAUGGUACCACUGUGCACACUGAAAAUCCUAAGCAGGAGCCCCAAUUCAAUUCAAACCUUCAAGGUGGCUGCCUCAGGGCUUCUGAGGGUGACCUUUGUGCAGCUGAGCCGGCUGUGCAGAAGAUGUUUUGCCAGUCUGAAGGUCUGAAGACCCCAGAGGAUGUCCCAGCAGCAAACCCAGUAACUCUGUAAUCCAUUUCUGUAUUCUGUAGCUAGUUUGCACAAUUGCUUGUAGCUUUUUGCUGAUUUAAAUGUCUAUUUAUUUAGGAUGUUUUUUAAGUACAACACAAAACUUUUUUUUAAAAAGUAGCAGAAGAUUGAAGUUGGGAAUUUUUUAAAGAAGUGGAAGGUUCAUUCAAUCUGGAUUUAAACAGAAACUUUCCCCUUUCUUGCUACCCGAAAGGCUGGAGGUAGGAGACAAUUGUAGCCUGGUUAUUGAGAUCUUGUGGUUGAAUCAACUGUGACAUAUUCUCUUUUAUCUAUAAAAAAGGACAUGUAUUCUUUUUCCCCACAAGGCUGUAUGCCCUUUCUCACACAUGCACAGUCGAGCAGUGGUUGACAUCGGCAGAGGGAAUGCUUCAUUUUGCAAUGCAUUUCAAGCCAUCUCCAGCAUCUGUAAAGUCUGGUAUUCCUCUGACUGAGCUGCCAUUGCUCUUGGCUCCUGGGCAGAUCUGAGUAACUUUAUUGGUUAAUUGCCUCCAAAGGGAAUACCUAGUAAUCUUGGAUGGAAACCUUCUGAGGCACAAAGAGGCCGCAUGAAAUAUACUGCACUACCCAGCCAUCAACAGUGAACUGUUUGCUUAAUGGAUUUGGAUCCAGUCACCUGUACCUUGGCUGCACCACCAUUCACCCAAGGCUGUACAGAAAUUACCUUGUCUUACACAUGUCACCUUAAAUCUUGCCUCUCUUCCUAAUCACUAUUUGUUCCCCCAUUGCAUGACGAUUAAGAGGCAUUGACUCCACAAGAAUAUUUUUGCCAUUUUUUUUUUUGUUGGGUGGGGUGCAACUGAUAUGAAAUUCAUUUUAGUACUGUAAUGUGUUUGGACAAUUUUGUGUAUUUGAUGAAGGGUACCUUAAUUCUGUCUGUGAACACUUUUUUCAAUGUAGAAAGUGCCACCUUUUGAAUUGGGUUUUAUUCAGAGAACCUGGAAAUAUGCACACUUACGGGCUCUCUUCCCACUCUCAAAUCUGCUUCUUUACGAAAUGCCUAAGUUAGAAUCUACAAAGUACUUCAAAACUGUUUGUUCUCUGGGUGAGACGGUGUUUCGAAUAAUCAUAUUACAAUUAAUUUAUUUUCUUGCCAUUUCUGUUUUGUCUAGUUGAGGGAAAUAUAUUUGCCUGUUGAAACUUUGUUAUGGAGUCAUACAGCGUGGGAACAGGCCCUUUGGCCGAACUUCCUACACCUCUGGUUCUUGAUUUUUGGUUAAAAGUACAUUUACCAUAUCUAUUCCACACAUGAUUUUAUACACCUCUAUAAGAUGACCCCUCAACUUCCUGCGCUCCAAGGAAUAAAAUCCUAGUCUAUGCAACCUCUUAGCUCAGGCCCUCGGGUCCUGA